UGACUUAUAUAUGAUGAGGGGUUGUCAAUAAGGUGAUAUUGAUGAUAUAAACUACGAUCCUCCAAGACUCUCUCCUUGUUAGGUGAGAGGAAAUAUGGAGAAAGAAGAAGCAACAUCUACGGAGUCCAUUCCCCUCCUUACACCAUACACCAUGAAAACUUUUCAUCUUUCCCAUCGGGUUGUUUUGGCACCUCUAUCAAGGCUAAGAUCAUACAACUUUACAGCACAGCCACAUGCCAUUUUGUAUUACAAACAGAGAACAACGAAAGGAGGAUUGUUGAUUGGUGAAGCAUCUGGGAUUUCAGAUACUGCACAAGGACUGCCAAACACACCAGGAAUUUGGAAGAAAGAACACGUGGAAGCAUGGAGACCAAUCGUAGAUGGUGUUCAUGAGAAUGGAGGAAUCAUUUUUUGUCAGCUUUGGCAUUCCGGAAGAGUUUCCAAUACUUGUUUUCAACCAAACGGCCGGUCUCCAAUCUCUAGCACCAACAAGCCAAUUCAAAACCAGCAGUUCAUCGGUGGUUCUGGAGAUGCAGAUUCUCAGUAUUCACCCCCACACAGAUUAACCAUUGAUGAAAUCUCUAAUGUCAUAAACGACUUUCGAACAGCUGCAAGAAACGCAAUGGAAGCCGGUUUUGACGGUGUCGAGAUUCACGGAGCAAACGGAUACUUAGUCGACCAAUUCAUGAAAGAUCAAGUAAACGAUCGGACCGAUCAAUACGGUGGAAGUCUAGAGAACCGUUGCCGGUUUCCACUUGAAGUGGUACAAGCUAUCUCAGAGGAGAUAGGAUGUGAGAGAGUGGGAAUGAGGUUGUCUCCCUUUGCUAACUACAACGACUCAGCUGACUCCGAUCCUCACUCGCUAGGCGUGUUCAUGGCCGAAGCUUUGAGUCAACUCAGGAUCGCUUAUUGUCAUGUGAUUCAACCAAGAAUGGUGACUCAGUUUGAGAGAGUGGAGACUCGGGACAGUUUGGCGUCCAUGAGGAAGGCGUUUAAAGGUACAUUUAUCGUUGCGGGUGGGUACUAUGAUCGAGAGGAAGCUAAUCGUGUGAUUGAAAACGGCGAGGCGGAUCUUGUAGCUUUCGGGCGUGCAUUUUUGGCCAACCCUGAUUUACCUAGAAGGUUUAGGCUGAAUGCACCUUUAAACAUGUAUGAUAGAAGUACAUUUUAUACUGACGAUCCGGUGGUUGGGUACACCGAUUACCCGUUUCUUGAGGAUCCGGUUUGAAUUUGUGUGGGAUCAUUGUCGUAUGGGACUUUGAAUAUAUCACUCUUCACUUAUAAACAAAAUAAUAAUAUGACUAGAAGUAGAAACGAGUCAAGGUGAAGCUUAGCAAAGUUUGUUUAGCUGGCUCAGCUUGUUUAUAAAACGGUGUUAAUAUAAAUAUUUCUUUAUGGAUUGUGUUC